GCGGGCGGGCCGUCACUGCCCGCCCGUCGCUCGCCUCCCCGCCCCCCGGCUUCCUGCGGAGGCCGCGGCCGCCAUGUUGUUGUGGGGCUGAGGCGGCGCCGGCGGAGAGCCCAGCAGCCGUGACAGGCUGCGCAACAGGUUCGCUGCGGCCGGCCUGACGACUGACCCGGCGGCGGCGGCCGCGGCACGGCAGGGUCUUCCCGGAGCCUGGCCGCGCCCGCGCCCGCGCGCCGGUGUCGAGGAGCGCGCGGGGUCGCGCCGGGACGUGCGCGAGGCGCCAGAUGGCUGAGAGCUGCAAGAAGUCAGGAUCAUGAUGGCUCAGUUUCCCACAGCGAUGAAUGGAGGGCCAAAUAUGUGGGCUAUUACAUCUGAAGAGCGUACUAAGCAUGAUAAACAGUUUGAUAACCUCAAACCUUCAGGAGGUUACAUAACAGGUGAUCAAGCCCGUACUUUUUUCCUACAGUCAGGUCUGCCGGCCCCGGUUUUAGCUGAAAUAUGGGCCUUAUCAGAUCUGAACAAGGAUGGGAAGAUGGACCAGCAAGAGUUCUCUAUAGCUAUGAAACUCAUCAAGUUAAAGUUGCAGGGCCAACAGCUGCCUGUUGUCCUCCCUCCUAUCAUGAAACAACCCCCUAUGUUCUCUCCACUCAUCUCUGCUCGUUUUGGGAUGGGAAGCAUGCCCAAUCUGUCCAUUCAUCAGCCAUUGCCUCCAGUUGCACCUAUAGCAACACCCUUGUCUUCUGCUACUUCAGGGACCAGUAUUCCUCCCCUAAUGAUGCCUGCUCCCCUAGUGCCUUCUGUUAGUACAUCCUCAUUACCAAAUGGAACUGCCAGUCUCAUUCAGCCUUUAUCCAUUCCUUAUUCUUCUUCAACAUUGCCUCAUGCAUCGUCUUACAGUCUGAUGAUGGGAGGAUUUGGUGGUGCUAGUAUCCAGAAGGCCCAGUCUCUGAUUGAUUUAGGAUCUAGUAGCUCAACUUCCUCAACUGCUUCCCUCUCAGGGAACUCACCUAAGACAGGGACCUCAGAGUGGGCAGUUCCUCAGCCUUCAAGAUUAAAGUAUCGGCAAAAAUUUAAUAGUCUAGACAAAAGCAUGAGUGGAUACCUCUCAGGUUUUCAAGCUAGAAAUGCCCUUCUUCAGUCAAAUCUCUCUCAAACUCAGCUAGCUACUAUUUGGACUCUGGCUGACAUCGAUGGUGACGGACAGUUGAAAGCUGAAGAAUUUAUUCUGGCGAUGCACCUCACUGACAUGGCCAAAGCUGGACAGCCACUACCACUGACGUUGCCUCCCGAGCUUGUCCCUCCAUCUUUCAGAGGGGGAAAGCAAAUUGAUUCUGUUAAUGGAGCUCUGCCUUCAUAUCAGAAAACACAAGAAGAAGAGCCUCAGAAGAAGCUGCCAGUUACUUUUGAGGACAAACGGAAAGCCAACUAUGAACGAGGAAACAUGGAGCUGGAGAAGCGACGCCAAGUGUUGAUGGAGCAGCAGCAGAGGGAGGCUGAACGCAAAGCCCAGAAAGAAAAGGAAGAGUGGGAGCGGAAACAGAGAGAACUGCAAGAGCAAGAAUGGAAGAAGCAGCUGGAGUUGGAGAAACGCUUGGAGAAACAGAGAGAACUAGAGAGGCAGCGGGAGGAAGAGAGGAGAAAGGAGAUAGAAAGACGAGAGGCAGCAAAACAGGAGCUUGAAAGACAGCGCCGUUUAGAAUGGGAAAGACUCCGCCGACAGGAACUCCUCAAUCAAAAGAAUAGAGAACAAGAAGAGAUUGUCAGGCUGAACUCCAGAAAGAAACGUCUCCACCUGGAACUGGAAGCAGUGAAUGGAAAACAUCAGCAGAUAUCAGGCAGACUACAAGAUGUCCAAAUCAGAAAGCAAACACAAAAGACUGAGCUAGAAGUUUUGGAUAAACAGUGUGACCUGGAAAUUAUGGAAAUCAAACAACUUCAACAAGAGCUUAAGGAAUAUCAAAAUAAGCUUAUCUAUCUGGUCCCUGAGAAGCAGCUAUUAAACGAAAGAAUUAAAAGCAUGCAGCUCAGUAACACACCUGAUUCAGGGAUCAGUUUACUUCAUAAAAAGUCAUCAGAAAAGGAAGAAUUAUGCCAAAGACUUAAAGAACAAUUAGAUGCUCUUGAAAAAGAAACUGCAUCUAAGCUCUCAGAAAUGGAUUCAUUUAACAAUCAACUGAAGUGUGGGAGUAUGGAUGACUCUAUUCUUCAGUGCCUUUUGUCUCUGCUAAGCUGUCUCAACAACCUCUUCCUCUUACUUAAGGAACUCAGAGAAAGCUAUAAUACACAGCAGUUAGCCCUUGAACAACUUCAUAAAAUCAAACGUGACAAAUUAAAGGAAAUCGAAAGAAAAAGAUUAGAGCAAAUUCAAAAAAAGAAACUAGAAGAUGAGGCUGCAAGGAAAGCAAAGCAAGGAAAAGAAAACGUGUGGAGAGAAAGUAUUAGAAAGGAAGAAGAGGAAAAGCAAAAACGACUGCAGGAAGAAAAGUCACAGGACAAAACUCAACAAGAGGAACGAAAAGCUGAGGCAAAACAAAGUGAGACAGCCAGUGCUUUGGUGAAUUACAGAGCACUGUACCCUUUUGAAGCAAGAAACCAUGAUGAGAUGAGUUUUAGUUCUGGGGAUAUAAUUCAGGUUGAUGAAAAAACUGUAGGAGAGCCUGGUUGGCUUUAUGGUAGUUUUCAGGGAAAGUUUGGCUGGUUCCCGUGCAACUAUGUAGAAAAAGUGCUGUCAAGUGAAAAAGCUCUGUCUCCUAAGAAGGCCUUACUCCCUCCUACAGUGUCUCUCUCUGCUACCUCAACUUCUUCCCAACCACUUUGUUCAAAUCAACCAGCAUCAGUGACUGAUUAUCAAAAUGUAUCCUUCUCAAACCUUACUGUUAAUACAACAUGGCAGCAGAAGUCAGCUUUUACCCGCACUGUGUCCCCUGGAUCUGUGUCCCCCAUUCAUGGACAGGGGCAGGCUGUAGAAAACCUGAAAGCCCAGGCCCUCUGUUCCUGGACAGCAAAGAAAGAGAAUCACCUGAACUUCUCAAAGCAUGACGUCAUCACUGUCCUGGAGCAGCAGGAAAACUGGUGGUUUGGGGAAGUGCACGGAGGAAGAGGAUGGUUCCCCAAGUCUUACGUCAAGCUCAUUCCUGGGAAUGAAGUACAGCGAGGAGAUUCCUUGUUCCCUACAGAGUACAUUGCACUUUAUUCCUACUCAAGUGUAGAGCCCGGGGAUUUGACUUUCACUGAAGGUGAAGAAAUACUAGUGACCCAGAAAGAUGGAGAGUGGUGGACAGGAAGUAUUGGAGAGAGAACUGGAAUCUUCCCAUCCAACUAUGUCAAACCAAAAGAUCAAGAGAAUUUUGGGAAUGCUAGCAAAUCUGGAGCAUCAAACAAAAAACCCGAGAUCGCUCAAGUAACUUCAGCAUAUGCUGCUUCAGGGACUGAGCAGCUCAGCCUUGCGCCAGGACAGUUAAUAUUAAUCUUAAAGAAAAACACAAGUGGGUGGUGGCAAGGAGAGCUACAGGCCAGAGGGAAGAAACGACAGAAGGGAUGGUUUCCUGCCAGCCAUGUAAAGCUGCUAGGUCCAAGCAGUGAAAGAACCAUGCCUACUUUUAAUGCUGUAUGUCAAGUGAUUGCUAUGUAUGACUACAUGGCGAGUAACGAAGAUGAGCUCACUUUCUCCAAAGGACAGCUGAUUAAUGUUAUGAACAAAGAGGACCCUGACUGGUGGCAAGGAGAAGCCAAUGGGCUGACUGGGCUCUUUCCUUCAAACUAUGUUAAGAUGACAACAGACUCAGAUCCAAGUCAACAGUGGUGUGCUGACCUCCAAGCCCUGGACACAAUGCAGCCUACGGAGAGGAAGCGACAGGGCUACAUUCACGAGCUCAUUCAGACAGAGGAGCGGUACAUGGACGACCUGCAGCUGGUCAUCGAGGUCUUCCAGAAACGGAUGGCUGAGUCAGGCUUCCUCACGGAAGCAGACAUGGCCCUGAUCUUUGUGAACUGGAAGGAGCUCAUCAUGUCCAACACGAAGCUGCUGAGGGCCUUGCGCGUGAGGAAGAAGACUGGGGGUGAGAAGAUGCCAGUUCACAUGAUUGGGGACAUCCUGGCGGCAGAGCUGUCCCACAUGCAGGCCUACAUCCGGUUCUGCAGCUGUCAGCUUAAUGGGGCAACCCUGUUACAGCAGAAGACAGACGAGGACACAGACUUCAAGGAAUUUCUAAAGAAGUUGGCAUCAGACCCACGAUGCAAAGGGAUGCCCCUCUCCAGCUUCCUGCUGAAGCCCAUGCAGAGGAUCACUCGCUACCCGCUGCUCAUCCGAAGUAUCCUGGAGAACACUCCACAGAGUCAUGUUGACCACUCCUCCCUGAAGCUGGCCCUUGAACGCGCUGAGGAGCUGUGCUCUCAGGUGAACGAGGGAGUCCGGGAGAAGGAAAAUUCAGACCGGCUGGAGUGGAUCCAGGCACACGUGCAGUGCGAAGGCUUGGCAGAGCAACUUAUUUUCAACUCCCUCACCAACUGCCUGGGCCCCCGGAAGCUUCUGCACAGCGGGAAGCUGUACAAGACCAAGAGCAAUAAGGAGCUGCACGCCUUCCUCUUCAACGACUUCCUGCUGCUCACCUACCUGGUCAGGCAGUUUGCCGCCACCUCUGGCCACGAGAAGCUCUUCAGCUCCAAGUCCAGUGCUCAGUUCCGAAUGUACAAAACGCCCAUUUUCCUGAAUGAAGUGUUGGUGAAACUUCCCACAGACCCUUCCAGCGAUGAGCCCGUCUUCCACAUUUCCCACAUUGAUCGUGUGUACACACUCCGAACAGACAACAUCAACGAGAGGACGGCCUGGGUCCAGAAGAUCAAGGGUGCCUCAGAGCAGUACAUCGACACUGAGAAGAAGAAACGGGAAAAGGCUUACCAAGCCCGUUCUCAAAAGUCUUCAGGUAUUGGGCGUCUGAUGGUGCAUGUCAUUGAAGCUACAGAAUUAAAAGCCUGCAAACCAAACGGGAAAAGUAAUCCAUACUGUGAAAUCAGCAUGGGCUCCCAAAGCUAUACCACCAGGACCCUGCAGGACACACUAAAUCCCAAGUGGAACUUCAACUGCCAGUUCUUCAUCAAGGAUCUUCACCAGGACGUUCUGUGUCUCACUAUGUUUGACAGAGACCAGUUUUCUCCAGAUGACUUCUUGGGUCGUACUGAAGUUCCAGUGGCAAAAAUCCGAACAGAACAGGAAAGCAAAGGCCCCACCACCCGCCGACUACUACUGCACGAAGUCCCCACUGGAGAAGUCUGGGUCCGCUUUGACCUGCAACUUUUUGAACAAAAAACUCUCCUUUGAGGCCUGGAGAAGCCAGAACCAGGGGAGCUGCCCACAAGGCUGGAUCUAAACAGAGAUUUUGCUCUCCCAGGACAGAGGAGCAUCACAUGGCUUCAUCCAUCAAACAGCCACACUCGCUGGGCCUGUAUUUUAUUGCACACUAAAUUGCUAGCAAUCUAUGCAAACAUGAUCUUUUAAACAAAUGCCACAGCACAGUGCCUUGUACUAGUGUUAACCUGUUCAGCUGUGUUAGAUGCCAGGGUUUCCAUUUUCAGGGCUAUAAAAGUAUUAUGUGGAAAUGAGGCAUCAGACCACCGGACGUUACCACUUGGCAAAUCUGUCCACUGUGGAGUUGGUGAUGUUGGACCCAUUCCACACUGUGUGACCUCUGCUGGGUCACAUACUCAGGAGGUGAAGGGCUGAGAUGAAAUGCUGCAGCCUUGGGGCUUGUGCAGCCUGAUACUGAAAUAGCAUCCACUUGUGCACUGAUAAAUAGAAACUUGAUCGUUUUAUUCUGACUAGAUGUUAUCACUCUCUGCUAAGACAAUAUAGUUUGAAAUAUUAUAGUUUGAAUAUAAGGAGGAAAGCUUGAUGUACUUUAAAUAUACUGUGAACUCUAAUAAUGUGGGGAUAUUUUUCAACUUUAAUUUUCUUAAGUAUAAAUUAUUUAUGUAAAUUCUUUGUUUUGCAUAUUUCAUAGAACAUGCAUCUUUAAGCUUUAUCAUUGCCAACAAUGUACAGAAAGAGAAUAAAAGUAUAAGUUUAUGAAUGUA